UACUAUAGCAACGGAUGUUUUCCCCUUUAAAGCCUGUACCUCUUAGUGUUCUGCAUAGAGUUACAAAUCAGUCUAAACAACUGUGGAACACAGACGGAGACCACGGUUUCUUAAGCUGGGUCCAGUGUAUACAAGUUUCAAGAUACAAUUACCUGAGAUGCCCACCUCAUCAGGAGUGUACAAGCAGCCAGUGGCUGAUGGCCUGAAGAAGUACUCUCUCCUGCCCCCUAUCCCAAGCACAACGUUUCAGGAGGCUGUACAAGCAGAGGCCAGCAACAUUGUGCAGUGGAGGAAGCUGCUAAGGCACAGAAGGAGCGAACAUCAGCAACAUCAGUUGCAUGAAAUCAUGGUUACUAAUGCAAUGCAGGCAUACAAGAAUGCUGAGUAUUCAAGACCAGUGGCUCCCCCAUCCCCCGAGCCAGAGUUCCCCCUUUCUAUGAGCAGUGAAGACAGAAAACGCACAUUGAACUACAUGUUCCUGAAGCAGUGUGUGGAGCAUUGUCCUGUGGCGCCCAUUCAGGAGCAGUGGCUAGACGCCAUGCUGGUUCUUGUACCCCCCAAGCUGCAUGAGGGACCAGGGAGAGAAAAUAUGCUGCAGGAUUUAUGUAGGGAGGUCAGCGAAAACUUCCUCAACGAGAUGGUCAAACACACGGUGAAUACUGUGCUCAAGAAACCAGAGAUGAAAGGGACUGUUCUUGCAAGUCAAAGUGCUCCAACAACGAAGGCGCUAGAUUUCUCCAGACCAUGGCAUGAUAGCUUUGUGAAGAGUCGCAGGGAAAUUAAGAAGAAUUUACACAUUCUUCAUCCAGUGAUGAGGUUAAUCCUAGACAUUGGCUAUUGCACAUUCUCAAAUCUGCUUUUGGUGGAUCUUUCUGACUGCAGGUGCGCAGGGCCAGUAGACUGUGAGAGCCUGAAGAACAAUUUGACAGUGGAGUGUGAGAGGAUAGAGGGACGCAUCAUGAACACCUGGUAUCCCAAGGUCAUCCACCUGUUGACCAGCAAGGACACACUGCAGAGGGUCAGACCUGCAAAACUGGACUCCUUUUACAACUGUGUAUCUACACUCAUUUCUAACCAGUUGAAAUCCUUAGUGGAGAGGAGUGUGGAGGAGUUUGUCGGCCUGUUCGAUCCAUUCAAUGUCCACCGAUUACCUCUGUUCCGCAUGGAUCUGACUUUUGAUGACGAGAAGAUGGAAUUCUAUCCGAGCUUCCAGGACCUUGAGGAAGCUGUUUUAGAAAUUCUGAAACUGAUUACCAACACAAUGCAGAAAGUCCAGACAGUCCAGUCUUGGCUGGCUGAAGCUAACAGCUCUGUAAUCGAUGCUAGACUGGCGGACCAUGUUCUGGAAGGGGCCCAGAGCACAGUGAGGUCUGCCAUACGUAAGAACCUAGAGGAGCCUUUUCAACACUUCCAGAACUAUGUUAACAAAUAUGAUUGGCUGGUCAAUGGGUCAGCACAGGCUUUAGUGGACAAUUUCAUUGAGGAAGAACACACUUUUAAUGAGUAUACUGAGAAAGUGGAGGAGUUCCAUGUACUCUCUAAGGAGAUUGUCAGUCUGCCGGCGAUAGCCCAUUUUGCCAUGGUGCGUCUGGACUGUGAAGAACUAAAACAGGGACUGGCAAAGAAAGCUAAAACCUUUGCUCAGUUGCUCCUGGAGAAACUUGUCACCAACCACAGAGAGAACAGUCUGCGGAUCUGCCAGGAGUUUGAGACCAUCAAAGAGAAAGCUCUGAAGGUUCCUGAGACCACAGAGGAAAUUACUGAAAUGAUAACUUAUAUUGGUCAUAUCAAAACAAAGGGCAUUGAGGAGCUCAAUACUAAAAUAUCGGAAACCCAUCACAGACUGAACUACUUGUUGGAUGUCUACAUUUUUGAUCCAGAAGACCUUGAGUUCAACUCUACAGUCCUCCUCUGGCCACAGAACAUAGUCCCGGUCUUUGAUCUCAAUGAUGAGGUCAUUCUGAAGGCCAAAAAGAAAGGGGAGCUGGAGCUUCUGGGUCGGAGAGAGAGAUUAAUGCUGGAGCUGGAAAAGCUUGGACGCAGAAUGGAGGAGUUUGCUGAGUGCUCUGAACUAGACAUGAUGCAGCAGUAUGUAAAUGACGUGAGGAUGGUCCAGAAGAGGCUUCAAGACGCUGAGGAGGCCAUCAACUUCAUCAACAAAGAGGAGGCUCUGUACCAAUGGGACCAGACAUCUUAUCCUGUGGUGGAGGUCAUCAAGGAGAGCAUUGAGCCCUACCAGAAGCUAUUUGGCCUGGUGCUCAAGUGGCAGCGCACUGAGAAAAGGUGGAUGGACGGCACCUUCCUGGACCUGAACGGAGAGAGCAUGGAGGUUGAGGUGGAUGAGUUCUUCAGGGAGAUCUACAAGAUGCUCAAGUUCUUCCAGCAGAAGCAGAAGAAGGCAGAGCAGGAGAAAGAGAAGAUAGCGGGAGGAGUGACAAAGAGGAGCCCCAGGGAGGAGGACCCUAUGAAACAGGAGUGCCCCACUGCAUUCAUCUGCUCCGCAGUUAUGGAGCAGGUGAAAGGCUUCAAGGGGUACAUUCCCACUGUGUCCAUCCUGUGUAACCCGGGCAUCAGGCCUCGCCACUGGAGUCAAAUGUCUGAGAUUGUGAACUACAACCUCACGCCUGACUCUGGCACCACCCUACGGAAGGUGCUCAAGCAGAAUCUCGCCCCCUACUUCGAGCAGUUCGAGGCCAUCAGUGCUGCAGCCAGCAAGGAGUUUUCUCUGGAGAAGGCCAUGCAGAACAUGGUGGAGGUGUGGGAGGGAGUCUCCUUCCAUCACCACCCCUACAGAGAGUCUGGGGUGUCCAUCCUAACUGCUGUGGAUGAGAUCCAGACCAUGCUGGAUGACCAGAUUGUCAAAACCCAGACCAUGAGGGGAUCGCCAUUCAUCAAGCCCUUUGAGACUGAUAUCAAGGUGUGGGAGGAGCGUCUGAUCCGUAUUCAGGAGACAAUAGAUGAGUGGCUGAAGGUCCAAGCCCAGUGGCUUUACCUCGAGCCCAUCUUCUCCUCUGAGGAUAUCAUGCAGCAGAUGCCCGAGGAGGGACGUCUCUUCAAGACCGUCGACAAACACUGGAGGGAAGUCAUGAGGCACUGCGUCAAAGACCCUAAGAUCUUGCCAGCAACCUCGUUGCCCAGUCUGCUUGAACAACUCCAUGAAUCCAAUGAUCUUCUGGAUAAAAUCAUGAAGGGACUGAACGCCUACCUGGAGAAGAAGCGUCUCUUCUUUCCUCGCUUUUUCUUCUUGUCCAACGAUGAGAUGCUGGAGAUCCUGUCGGAGACCAAGGACCCAACUCGUGUGCAGCCCCAUUUAAAGAAGUGCUUUGAGGGCAUCGCCAAGCUGGACUUCCUCCCGAACCUGGACAUCCAGGCCAUGUACAGCAGUGAGGGGGAGCGUGUGCAGCUCAUCCAGCUUAUCUCCACCUCUGAGGCGCGGGGGGCCGUGGAGAAGUGGCUGGUACAGGUAGAGGACAUCAUGCUGCGAUCAGUCCGGGACGUGGUGGCCCGCUCAAAAGUGGCCUACGCUGAGACCAACAGAAGCCAGUGGGUUAGAGAAUGGCCCGGUCAAGUGGUUCUAUGCACCUCUCAGAUCUUCUGGACCCUGGAGGUCCAUGAGGCCAUCAGAGCAGGGGCUCAGGGUCUGAAGAGUUACUAUCAGCUGUUGCAGAGCCAGCUGAAGGACAUUGUGGAGCUGGUGAGAGGCAAGCUGCCCAAGCAGACUCGCAUCACACUGGGUGCUCUGGUCACCAUUGACGUACACGCCAGAGAUGUGGUGAUGGACCUCAUAGACAAAGGUGUAUCUAAUGAGACUGACUUCCAAUGGAUGGCUCAGCUGCGCUACUACUGGGCAAAUGAAAAUGUGCGCGUACGCAUUAUCAACUGUGAUGUCAAGUAUGCUUACGAGUACCUGGGAAACUCCCCUCGGCUGGUCAUCACACCACUAACAGACAGAUGCUACCGGACACUGAUCGGGGCCUUCUAUCUGAGUCUUGGGGGAGCCCCUGAGGGUCCGGCAGGGACCGGGAAGACAGAGACUACAAAGGACCUGGCCAAAGCCUUGGCCGUGCAAUGUGUCGUCUUCAACUGCUCAGAUGGGCUGGACUACCUGGCAAUGGGGAAGUUCUUCAAAGGCCUGGCGUCGUCGGGUGCAUGGGCCUGUUUUGACGAGUUCAACCGAAUCGAGUUGGAGGUGCUUUCUGUGGUAGCUCAGCAAGUCCUGUGCAUCCAGAGGGCCAUCGAGCUGAAACUGGAGUACUUUGACUUUGAAGGCACUGAGCUUAAGCUCAACCCCAACUGCUUUGUGGCCAUCACCAUGAACCCGGGCUAUGCCGGGCGCUCCGAGCUGCCGGACAACCUCAAGGUGUUGUUCAGAACUGUGGCCAUGAUGGUGCCCAACUACGCCCUGAUAGCUGAGAUUUCCCUGUACUCCUACGGCUUCCUCAACGCCAAACCCCUGUCUGUGAAGAUCGUGAUGACCUACAGGCUGUGCUCCGAGCAGCUCUCCUCCCAGUUCCACUACGACUACGGCAUGAGGGCUGUCAAGGCUGUGCUGGUGGCCGCGGGGAACCUGAAACUCAAGUUUCCAGAUGAGAAUGAGGAUAUACUGCUCCUGAGGUCCAUCAAGGACGUGAACGAGCCCAAGUUUCUGUCUCAUGACAUCCCCCUUUUCAAUGGAAUCACCAGCGAUCUCUUCCCCGGCAUAUCCCUUCCUGUCGCAGACUAUCAGAGGUUUCUUGAGUGUGCAGAAGAGUGCUGCAAGAACCACAACGUGCAGCCCACUCAGGUCUUCAAGGAGAAGAUGAUCCAGACUUAUGAGAUGAUGAUAGUCCGUCAUGGGUUUAUGUUGGUCGGGGAGCCGUUUGCCGGCAAGACCAAGGUGCUCCACGUCCUGGCAGACACUCUGACCCUGAUGAAGGAGAGGGGCUACAACGACGAGGAGAGGGUCCAUUUCCGCACCGUCAACCCCAAGUCCAUCACCAUGGGACAGCUUUUCGGAGAGUUUGACCCAGUUUCCCACGAGUGGGCAGAUGGAAUUGUAGCCAACACAUUUCGGGAGUUUGCGUCGUCGGAUAGCCCAGACCGUAAGUGGGUGGUGUUUGACGGACCCAUAGACACACUGUGGAUCGAGAGCAUGAACACCGUGCUGGACGACAAUAAGAAGCUGUGCUUGAUGAGUGGAGAGAUCAUCCAGUUGUCCAAUCAGAUGAGUCUUAUCUUUGAAGCCAUGGACCUGUCUCAGGCCUCUCCAGCGACAGUGAGCAGGUGCGGCAUGAUCUACAUGGAGCCAUCUCAGCUGGGCUGGGAGCCACUGGUGGUCUCUUGGACCAACACCCUGCGCGAACCCCUGCAGGCCCCAGAAAACAUCGCCCUACUCAUGGAGCUCUUCCAUUGGCUGCUUCCCCCGUCCUUCAAGAUGCUACGCAAAAACUGCACGGAGGUUAUACCCACCAGCAACAGCAACACGGUGGUGUCCCUGACCCGCCUCUUUGAAAUGCUUCUCGCCGAACCUCUGCAGGACGACACAAGGAACAAAAACAUACAGACUUGGAUUAUGGCGGCCUUUGCCUUCUCCCUGGUGUGGUCCGUGGGGGGCAGCUGUGACAUGGACAGCAGGGAAAGGUUUGACAAGUACCUCAGAGAGAUCCUUUCUGGCAAGGCAGAAGGCCACCCCAUCCCAUCUCCUGUUUCCAAAUGGGAAUGCCCCCACGACGACAAGGGUCUAGUGUACGACUACUAUUACGAGUUUAAAGGGAAAGGUCGCUGGGUGCCCUGGACCGACUCGAUCAAGAACGUCCAUCUUGGGGACAAGAACACCAAGGUGACGGAUAUUAUUGUUCCCACCAUAGACACGGUCCGAUACACCUACCUCAUGGACCUCUGCAUCGCCUACGGGGUACCGUUGCUGUUUGUAGGUCCGACUGGGACGGGGAAGUCGGUGUAUGUUAAGGAGAAACUUCUGAACAACCUGGACAAGGACCGCUACCUGCCCUUCUUCAUCAACUUCUCAGCUCGUACCAGCGCCAACCAGAGCCAGAACAUUAUCAUGUCCAGGUUGGAUAAGAGGCGGAAGGGGGUGUAUGGCCCCCCCAUGGGGAAGAAGUGUGUCAUCUUUGUGGAUGACAUGAACAUGCCUGCCCUGGAGCAGUUUGGGGCACAGCCUCCUGUGGAGCUCCUACGACAAUACUUUGACCAUGGCAACUGGUAUGACCUGAAGGAUACCUCUAAGAUAACCCUGGUGGACCUACAACUGAUCUCCGCCAUGGGGCUCCCUGGUGGUGGGAGGAAUGCGGUGACUCCUCGCUUCUUGCGGCACUUCAACAUCACCAGCAUCAACGCAUUCAGUGACAACACCAUGGUGUGCAUCUUCUCCAACGUGGUGUCCUUCUACCUCCGCAACAACGAGUUCCCUCCAGACUAUUUCAGCGUGGGUAACCAGAUAGUGGCAGCCACCUUGGAGGUCUACAAGAAGGCCAUGAGGAAUCUGCUUCCCACGCCAGCCAAAUCCCACUACACAUUCAACCUGCGGGACUUCAGCCGUGUGGUUCAGGGCUGCUUGCUUCUGAAGAAGGAGUCCCUGGAGAACAAACGCACCAUGGUCCGCCUCUUCGUCCAUGAGGUGUUCCGUGUCUACUACGAUCGCCUUGUGGACGACAAGGACCGUGCCUGGCUUUACCUUCUUGUGAAGGACAUGGUCAGGGACCACUUCAAGGAAAGCUUUGACCAGGUGUUUGACCACCUAAAGGCUGAGGACCAGACGGCGCUCCGUGAGGAGGACAUGCGUAACCUGCUGUUUGGGGACUACAUGAACCCUGACCUUGAAGACAACGAUCGUCUGUACGCUGAGGUGCCCUCCAUGGAGAGCUUCAGCCAAGUGGUGGAGCUCUGCCUGGAUGAGUACAACCAGACCCACAAGAACCGCAUGGACCUCGUCAUCUUUCGCUACGUGCUGGAGCACCUGUCUCGUAUUAGCCGUGUUCUAAAACAGCCGGGGGGCAAUGCCCUUCUGGUGGGGGUGGGAGGCAGUGGGCGCCAGUCCAUCACCCGCCUUGCCACCUCCAUGGCCAAGAUGACCUUGUUCCAGCCAGAGAUCUCCAAGAGCUAUGGCCUGAACGAUUGGAGGGACGACCUAAAGCUGUUGCUGAAAAGUGCAGGGGUGAAGGGUCAGAAGACAGUGUUCCUGCUAACUGAUGCUCAGAUCAAAGAGGAAGCCUUCCUAGAGGAUGUGGACAGUGUUCUGAACACUGGAGAGGUGCCCAACUUGUUUGCCAUGGACGAGAAGCAGGAAAUUGUGGAAGCGGUGCGUCCUAUUGCCCAGGCUGGCAAUAAGAAUGUGGAGUUCAGCGCUCUGGCCUUGUAUAACUUCUUUGUGACGCGAUGCAGGGAGAACCUGCACGUUAUAGUUGCCUUCAGCCCAAUAGGAGAGGCCUUCCGCAACCGACUACGCCAAUUCCCCUCUCUCAUCAACUGCUGCACCAUUGACUGGUUCCAGCCCUGGCCAGAAGAGGCCCUGGAACGCGUGGCCAACAAGUUCCUGGAGUCACUGGAAAUGAGUGAGCACGAGAGGCAGGAGGUCAUGCCCAUCUGCAAGACCUUCCACACAUCUGCCAUCCAGCUCUCACAAAAGUUCCUGUCAGAGCUGGGUCGCCAUAACUACGUGACGCCAACCUCCUAUCUGGAGCUGAUAGCUACCUUCCGUCAGCUGCUUAGCCAGAAGAGAGACACGGUCAUGAAGGCUAAAAAGAGAUACACCAAUGGCCUGGACAAAUUGGCCUUUGCUGAGUCUCAGGUGAGUGAGAUGAAGAAAGAGCUGGUGGACUUGCAGCCUAAACUGGAGCAGGCCAAAAUAGACAACACCAAGAUGAUGAAGGUGUUAGAGGUUGAGUCGGUGCAGGUGGAGGCCAAGAGCAAGGUGGUGCGUGUGGACGAGGAGGCCGCCACCCUGAAAGCCAAUGAGGCCCAGGCCCUGAAAAACGAGUGUGAGAACGACCUGGCCGAGGCCAUACCUGCCCUGGAGAUGGCCCUUGCAGCCCUGGACACCCUGAAGCCUGCUGAUGUGACCAUUGUGAAGUCGAUGAAGAGCCCUCCUUCAGGGGUGAAGCUGGUGAUGGCGGCCGUGUGUGUGAUGAAAGAGCUGAAACCGGAUAAGAUUGCUGAUCCUGCUGGGACUGGACAGAAGAUUCUUGACUACUGGGGGCCAAGCAAGAAGCUACUUGGAGACAUGAAUUUCUUACGAGACCUGAAAGAGUACGACAAGGACAAGAUCCCUGUCCAUGUGAUGCAGAAGAUCCGUAGUGAGUACAUGACCAACCCUGACUUUGACCCAGCCAAGGUGGCCAAGGCCUCGUCCGCUGCCGAGGGCCUGUGCAGAUGGGUCACCGCAAUGGAGAUUUAUGACCGAGUGGCUAAGGUAGUGGCCCCUAAGAAAGCCAGCCUGAACGAGGCUCAACGGUCUCUAGCCACCACCAUGGCCCUGCUGGAUGAGAAGAGAGCUGAGCUGAAGGAGGUGGAGGACCGCCUGGCCCUUCUGCAACAGACCUUUGAGGAGAAGACAAAGGAGAAGGCCCAGUUGGAAUUCCAGGUGGACCUGUGCGCCUGCAAACUGGAGAGAGCCGAGAAACUCAUCGGAGGCCUCGGUGGUGAAAAGACCAGAUGGUCCAAGGCAGCGGAUGACCUACAAAACAUCUAUGACAACCUGACUGGUGAUGUGCUGAUCUCUGCUGGGGUCAUCGCCUACCUGGGAGCCUUCACGGCCAGCUUCAGACAGAACUGCACUAAGAUAUGGACCACGCUCUGCAAGUCUAAGAACAUUCCGUCAUCAGAUGAUUUCUCCCUGAGUAAAACUCUGGGAGACCCUAUAAAGAUCCGGGCAUGGAACAUUGCCGGCCUGCCAACCGACAGCUUUUCCAUAGACAACGGGAUCAUCGUCAGCAACUCCCGUCGAUGGCCACUGAUGAUCGACCCACAGGGCCAGGCCAACAAGUGGGUGAAGAACACGGAGAAGGACAACAACCUCAGUGUGAUCAAGCUGACAGAUGGGGACUACAUGAGAACCCUUGAGAACUGCAUCCAGUUCGGUACCCCUCUGCUACUGGAGAACGUAGGGGAGGAGCUGGACCCAUCGCUGGAGCCCCUGCUGCUCAAACAGACCUUCAAACAAGGGGGCAUGGAUUGCAUCAGGCUAGGGGAGAGUGUGAUUGAGUACUCCUGCGACUUCCAGUUCUACAUCACCACUAAGCUGCGGAAUCCCCAUUACCUUCCGGAGCUGGCUACCAAGGUGUCCCUGCUCAACUUCAUGAUAACUCCUGAGGGCCUUGAGGACCAGCUGCUCGGCAUUGUGGUCGCCAAGGAGAGGCCGGAACUGGAGGAAGAGAGGAACGCCCUAAUCCUACAGUCGGCAUCCAAUAAGAAGGUUUUAAAGGAAAUCGAGGACAAGAUCCUGGAAACGCUGUCAUCGUCUGAGGGAAACAUCCUGGAGGACGAAAGUGCCAUUCAGGUCCUCGACUCUGCCAAAAUCAUGUCAAACGAGAUCUCCAAGAAACAACAGAUUGCAGAAAAGACAGAGAUUAAGAUUGCAGAGUCAAGAGAGGGCUACAGGGUCAUUGCCAAGCACUCCUCCAUUCUGUUCUUCAGCAUUGCAGACCUGGCAAACAUCGAUCCUAUGUAUCAGUACUCCCUGAGCUGGUUUGUUAACCUCUACCUAAACUCCAUACAGGACAGUAACAAGUCCAAGAUCUUAGAGAAGAGACUGAGGUACCUCAUCGACCACUUCACAUACAAUCUGUACUGCAAUGUCUGUCGCUCCCUGUUUGAGAAGGACAAGCUGCUCUUCUCCUUCCUACUCUGCUCGAACCUCCUUCUAGCUAAGAAGGAGAUAGAGUAUGGUGACUUUAUGUUCCUGCUGACUGGAGGGGUGGGGCUGCAGAACAAUGUCCACAACCCAGACCCUACUUGGCUGCAGGACAAGAGCUGGGAUGAGAUCUGCAGGGCCAGCCAUCUGCCCAGUCUCCAGGGCCUCAGUGAGAGCUUCAUCAAGGACCCAGAGAGGUUCUUGGUAAUCUAUGAUAGCAAAGAGCCCUAUAAUACCAAGCUGCCUAGGCCCUGGUGUGACAGGCUCAAUGACCUACAGAAGAUGAUCAUCUACCGCUGUCUCAGGCCGGACAAGAUUGUGCCGGCUAUAACUAACUUUGUAACUGUCAAACUGGGGAAGAAGUUUGUAGAGCCACCUCCCUUUAACCUGAGUAAGAGUUACACAGACUCCAAUUCCACCAUCCCUCUAGUGUUUGUGCUAUCUCCUGGAGCGGACCCCAUGGCCAGCUUGCUAAAGUUUGCCAACGACAAGAACAUGGGUGGCACCAAGUUCCAGUCCAUCUCACUUGGUCAGGGCCAGGGCCCCAUCGCUGCCAAGAUGAUCCGCAUGGCCAUGAAGGACGGCACCUGGGUGUGCCUGCAGAACUGCCACCUGGCUGUCUCCUGGAUGUCCACCCUGGAGAAGAUCUGCGAGGACUUCAGCCCAGAGACCUGUCACCCAGAUUUCAGAUUGUGGCUAACCAGCUACCCCUCACCCAAGUUCCCAGUGACCAUCCUGCAGAACGGGGUGAAGAUGACCAACGAACCGCCCACAGGUCUCAGACUCAACCUACUUCAGUCCUACCUGUCAGACCCUGUCUCCGACCCCAACUUCUUCAACGCCUGCACAGGAAAAGAACUGGUGUGGGAGAAGCUCUUGUAUGGAGUUUGCUUCUUCCAUGCUCUGGUUCAGGAGAGGAAGAAGUUUGGUCCUCUGGGCUGGAACAUCCCCUAUGGGUUCAAUGAGUCUGACCUGCGCAUCAGCAUCAGACAACUACAGCUGUUUGUAAACGAGUAUGAUCAGGUGCCGUUUGAGGCCAUCACCUAUCUGACAGGAGAGUGCAACUAUGGUGGCCGUGUGACAGACGAUUGGGAUAGGAGGCUCCUGAUGACCAUCCUGGCUGACUUCUACAACAAGGACAUCAUUGAGAACCCCCGCUACACCUUCUCCCCCAGCGGAAAGUACUAUCCCCCUCCCAAGUCCAUCUAUGAGGACUACGUCGAGUUCAUACGGAACCUUCCGUUCCUCCAGUACCCAGAAGUGUUUGGGAUGCAUGAGAAUGUGGACAUCUCCAAGGACCUCCAACAGACCAAGCUGCUGUUUGAUUCCCUGCUACUCACCCAGGGAAGAGGAAUCAAGGGAGGGGCAAGCUCCGGGGGAGACCAGGCCCUCUUUGACAUAGCCAAUGAUAUCCUCACCAAACUUCCAGCUAACUUUGACAUUGAAGCAGCUCUAGUGAAGUACCCAGUUCUGUAUGAGGAGAGCAUGAACACUGUUCUGGUGCAGGAGAUGGAGCGCUACAACACAUUGGCAGUUACAAUCCGUGUGAGUUUGCAGAACCUGCUGAAGGCCGUCAAGGGCCUGGUGGUGAUGGAUGCUGAGCUGGAGGCUCUGUCUGGCAGCCUGAUAGUGGGCAAAUUGCCGGAGAAAUGGGCCAAGCGGUCCUACCCAAGCCUGAAGCCACUAGGCAGCUACGUCACAGACUUCCUUGCGAAGCUUAAAUUUUUGCAGGACUGGUAUAAUACCAACAAACCCAAUGUGUUCUGACCUCCCUGUAGGACUGGUAUAAUACCAACAAACCCAAUGUGUUCUGACCUCCCUGUAGGACUGGUAUAAUACCAACAAACCCAAUGUGUUCUGACCUCCCUGUAGGACUGGUAUAAUACCAACAAACCCAAUGUGUUCUGACCUCCCUGUAGGACUGGUAUAAUACCAACAAACCCAAUGUGUUCUGACCUCCCUGUAGGACUGGUAUAAUACCAACAAACCCAAUGUGUUCUGACCUCCCUGUAGGACUGGUAUAAUACCAACAAACCCAAUGUGUUCUGACCUCCCUGUAGGACUGGUAUAAUACCAACAAACCCAAUGUGUUCUGACCUCCCUGUAGGACUGGUAUAAUACCAACAAACCCAAUGUGUUCUGACCUCCCUGUAGGACUGGUAUAAUACCAACAAACCCAAUGUGUUCUGACCUCCCUGUAGGACUGGUAUAAUACCAACAAACCCAAUGUGUUCUGACCUCCCUGUAGGACUGGUAUAAUACCAACAAACCCAAUGUGUUCUGACCUCCCUGUAGGACUGGUAUAAUACCAACAAACCCAAUGUGUUCUGACCUCCCUGUAGGACUGGUAUAAUACCAACAAACCCAAUGUGUUCUGACCUCCCUGUAGGACUGGUAUAAUACCAACAAACCCAAUGUGUUCUGACCUCCCUGUAGGACUGGUAUAAUACCAACAAACCCAAUGUGUUCUGACCUCCCUGUAGGACUGGUAUAAUACCAACAAACCCAAUGUGUUCUGACCUCCCUGUAGGACUGGUAUAAUACCAACAAACCCAAUGUGUUCUGACCUCCCUGUAGGACUGGUAUAAUACCAACAAACCCAAUGUGUUCUGACCUCCCUGUAGGACUGGUAUAAUACCAACAAACCCAAUGUGUUCUGACCUCCCUGUAGGACUGGUAUAAUACCAACAAACCCAAUGUGUUCUGACCUCCCUGUAGGACUGGUAUAAUACCAACAAACCCAAUGUGUUCUGACCUCCCUGUAGGACUGGUAUAAUACCAACAAACCCAAUGUGUUCUGACCUCCCUGUAGGACUGGUAUAAUACCAACAAACCCAAUGUGUUCUGACCUCCCUGUAGGACUGGUAUAAUACCAACAAACCCAAUGUGUUCUGACCUCCCUGUAGGACUGGUAUAAUACCAACAAACCCAAUGUGUUCUGACCUCCCUGUAGGACUGGUAUAAUACCAACAAACCCAAUGUGUUCUGACCUCCCUGUUGGACUGGUAUAAUACCAACAAACCCAAUGUGUUCUGACCUCCCUGUAGGACUGGUAUAAUACCAACAAACCCAAUGUGUUCUGACCUCCCUGUAGGACUGGUAUAAUACCAACAAACCCAAUGUGUUCUGACCUCCCUGUAGGACUGGUAUAAUACCAACAAACCCAAUG